AUGGGAGAAGCCACCGUCGAUAUCCCCAAGGAGUGCUGGGGAGCAGUCGUCAAGAAUGAGGGACCAGACUUCUACGUGGAAGUGGAAAAGGUGCCUGUGCCAGAGAUCGGACCCAACGAGAUUUUGAUAAAACUGAACGCUACUGGCUUGUGUCUCUCGGACAUUCACUUCAUGCUGAAUGACUGGAAGCUGCCGAAGAUGUCAGAUAUUGGAACACAGUGUGCUGGGCACGAGGGCGCCGGCGUAAUUGUCAAAGUCGGUGAUCAGGUCAAGAACUACCAAGUCGGCCAGCGAGCAGGCUAUAAGCCGAUCCAGGACGUCUGCCACAGCUGUCAAUACUGCCAUGCAGGAAAAGAGACUUAUUGCACAAAAGCAGUCUUCACUGGGCUUGCAUGUGACGGAUCCUACAAGCAAUAUGUCAAGUGUCCAGAGAACUAUAUGACUUUGAUUCCAGAUGGUGUCUCAGAUUAUGUUGCCGGGCCGGUGAUGUGCUCGGCUUCAACGAUCUACGCCUCCAUUAAGGAGUCAGGCUUGCGAGCUGGCAAUUGGGCCGUAUUUCCAGGCGGUGGCGGCGGUGUCGGUAUUCAGGGUGUCCAGCUAGCACACGCCAUGGGCAUGCGCGCGAUCGUUGUCGAUACUGGGGAGGAGCGUGAGAAGCUCGCGAAGCACCUGGGAGCUGAAUACUUCUUCGACUUCCAGAAAGGAGAUCCGGUGGCUGAAGUGCUCAAAAUCACCGGUGGUGGUGCACAUGGUGUUUUUGUCACGGGUGUGCAGGCUUACCCUACCUCGUUAGGUUAUCUCGGCACUCAAGGCGGUGGCAAAGUCAUGUGCAUCGGGCUUCCUCCUGCCGGGAAGUAUCACAUCGACCUCGACCCCUCGCAGCUGGUGUUCAGGAACCAAUCCGUUCAAGGAACAUUGGUAGCCAGUCUGCAGGACAUCGACGAGACACUGGAGUUCGCGGCAAGAGGCAAGCUGCGUCUGGAGCCUACCGUCGUGGGUCGGAGUAAGUUCAACGAGUCAGUACAGAAACUGAAGAAUGGUCAAGUAGCUGGAAGAAUUGUUGUGGAUUUUAACCAAGACUGA